AUGUCAGAUUCCAACUCAACCGACUUCACCAACACCCCCACCUUCAUCCUGCUGGGCAUUCCUGGCCUGGAGGCAGCCCAUGUCUGGAUCUCCAUCCCCUUCUGCGUGAUUUAUGCCAUAGCCACCUUGGGGAACUUCACCAUCCUGUUCAUCGUAAAGACAGAGCUGAGCCUCCAUGGGCCCAUGUACUAUUUCCUCUGCAUGCUGGCUCUCACUGACCUGGUCCUGUCUACGUCCAUCCUACCCAAAAUGCUGAGCAUCUUCUGGUUCAAUUCCAGGGAGAUCAAUUUCAGUGCCUGCCUCACCCAGAUGUACUUCAUUCUCAGCUUCACUGCAAUACAGUCUGGGGUCCUCGUGGCCAUGGCUUUAGAUCGCUACGUGGCCAUCUGCGAUCCCCUGAGACAUUCCACCAUCCUGACAAACCCCAUGGUGGCUAAAAUUGGCCUGGCCAUGGUGCUACGUGGUGCCAUGCUCGUACUGCCCAUUCCCUUGCUAGCGAGGAGGUUGCCAUAUUGCAGAACCAACAUCAUUUCCCACACGUACUGUGAGCACAUAGCUGUGGUGAAGCUAGCCUGCGCCGACAUCAGCCUCAGUAGUUACUACAGCCUCUCUGUGGCAUUCUUCGUGAUCGGUCAGGAUGUGUUUUUUAUUGUCAUGUCCUAUACCCAGAUCCUCAGGGCCAUCUUCAGCCUCCCAACAAAGGACGCCCGGCUCAAGACUUUUGGGACCUGCGGCUCCCACCUCUGUGUCAUCUUAUCCUCUUACAUCCCAGCUCUCUUCUCCUUCCUCACGCACCGUUUUGGGCACAAUGUGCCCCAGCAUUUACACAUUCUCAUGGCCAACAUGUACCUAUUGGUGCCCCCCAUGCUAAACCCCAUCAUCUAUGGGGUGAGGACUCAACAGAUCCGGGAUAGGCUACUCCAGCCCUUUACUCAUAAAGGGACCUAA